AGACAUUUAAACGGUGUGCAAGAGUGCAUUCGUUAAACCGCUGUUCUGCUAUUGACGAACAUGAACGUCCCAGUGACAGGAUGUUAUUAAUUACUGUAAAGGCGAUACUACUCGCCUUCUUCAGCCUGUUACAGUAUACAGCAGCACAAGACCCGUGUCUCUCUACUACCUACCACCUUCUUGAUGACUCAUGGCGCUCGUCUGAAAAUGAUGGGUCUGAUGCGUCAUUUUUCCAAUGUGACGCAAGCUUGACGGAGAGAUGGUACCGCCCUGUUUCCGGUGCUGGUGUUACCAUGCCGACGGCAGCACCAGACUUGAACAAAUGUGGUACUCAGUAUCCGAUAUGGAUGAAUGACGUUCUACCAGACACAUCAAACAUUACAAGCGUGACCGUAUGUAUGAGACAUGUGUUUGCAGCCUGCCAGCAAACAUGGAGCAUACGGGUGAAGAAGUGUAGUUCAUUUUAUGUCUAUGAACUAAAACAAACAAAUCUAUGUGCAGCUGCAUAUUGUUUCGGGUCUGAAUUACCUUGUCCUGUCGGGCAGUCGUCUGACACUGGAUUCACUCCGGGAUGUGGAGUGGCUCCGAAUGUGACGCUGAACGCUGUUGUGAUCCCGGGACUAAACGCGACUUCCGGGGAAGCAUUCGGACAACCUGUGAUAAUUAAGGAGAUACAAUUCCAGUGUAAUAUCGAGGAUAGCAGUGACGAAGAUCUUACUGCCUACGUCUAUGAUGUACAGUGGUAUAUAAACGAUAACAGCAUUGUGACACACAGGAACAUACCUUACGCCAAUAUAACAGAAUCGGCGUUAAGGCAGUCACAAUGGAUUAACACAUUCACGCUCGGAUUUCUGGUGAAGUGCGCAGUACGUGUCCGGGAUGUGCCAGAUGGUCCGCCGACCCCGUACAGCUACAGCAGUGCUUUUUAUGCAGGCUUUACAACUGACGCUUCCCAGUAUACCGUUUUGGAAAGUGGCAGUAUUAACGUGACGGUCAGACUGACAAUUCCAAUCGACUGUAUGUAUCCGGCAACAUCUACUCCUGCUGAAAUUGCAGACUUUGAGGAAAAUCACUGUAGUCUCACGAUUCGUGUACGAACGCCAACUUACUAUGAAGAUGGUCACCUCAAGUGUACAGCAAGUGGAGUCACAGACGAUCCUGUAACCUUUCAGAAUGAAGGCUGCGGGAUAGUGUUUCCCUUUCAUGAUUGGAAUAUACCCAGAACCUUACAAGUAUUCGGUGCUGCUGACAAUACCGUCAAUACAAUGGACAGCAGAUCAAGUUAUAUACGUUUUCGUGCAGACAACGGCAUCCUCAACCCAGCCUGGGGCUUUGCAACUAAGCCAGACAUCCAGAUUGUUGUUGAAGACCAGGAUAAACUUAUAGCAGGAAAAACAUGCACAACCAGGACUGAUCCUCAUAUAUGGACUUUCGAUGGAAGAUACAUGUCCUUUCAACAGUUUGGGGAGUUCAUUCUUUUCAAGCAUGAUACGUUGCCUAUACAGGUGCAUGCCGUAUUUGACCGUUGUCCAGGAAUAUGGGGGUCAUGUAUAUGUGGAAUUGCAAUUAGAAACCAGGAUGCUGUUUUUAUUAUCAACUUGUGCCGAAAUAUGGUUGGCUCACCCUGGAUAAGUGGUUCAUCAAAUACCAACAGAUACAUAGAGAUGAGAGCCUGUGACGACACUCACAUGACAGUCACCUCCAGCGGAUCUACGUACUCGGUAACGCUUCCAUCCGGAACAUCUAUGAAAAUAGCCAUACGCGGGGUGUCAUUUAUUUCGUACAUCAUCAUAAAACCUUCUCUAAUGGACUGGAAAUCAUCAUCCGGCCUGUGUGGAUUUUUAGAUGGAAUAUGGACGAAUGAUUUCAGACAAAGAGAUGGCACGAUCACAAACAAUUUUGGAUUUGAUUGGAGGCUAAAUCCUGCUUUGGAUGGAAACUCCCUCUUCGCUGUUUCGGAACCACUUACAGACAUUCCGUUACCGCCAUUACAGUAUUGUAGAUGUUCAGUUGACUCCGACAAUCCGCAGGCCUUCAGUUCCCAAGUACUGUGUAACAUCACUUCAACCAUAACGGCAUGUACUCGACGAACUAGCUCAGCAGGAUAUGUUCAGGAAUGCGACAAAGCUCGUGCAAGGCGGGACACUCGUGCCUAUUCUUAUCGAUACCGAAGAUCUACAGAGGAAGAAGGGUUUGAUAUUGCUAAAUUUGACGUUAUCCUUGAUGAACAAUAUGCAAACAUUGUUCAAAAUUACACAUGGCAAAAUGGCUGGACGGAAUCUCUAGCGGAACAGUCGUGUCGGGAAACAAUGAAUGAUGAUCCGAUGUUGAAUAAAUGUAAAGGAGUUUUGCCAGGGAUGAAUGAUGCACUCGAAGAAGGAAUGAACGAUUGCAUUAAUGAUAUCAAGAUAUCUGGAGGUAGUGAGUUUUUGAAAGCGACGGUAGAGUCAUUAAAAAGUAGCUGUCUUGUUGAAGCCAGUCGUUUCGAAAACCUUACAACACAAGGAUCUGAAAAUAGUAACGGUACGACUUUUCUGGACGAGUUAUUGGAGUUAAGUUGUCCAAACGAUUGUUCUGAAAACGGAAAUUGUACCAAUGGAAAAUGUGUAUGCUACACUGGUUUCUAUGGAGAGGAGUGUGCUCUGGAGCGCGACACAAUUCCUGAAAUAUUGCACGGAGGAAUGACUUGUUCAACUGACAAAAAGUCAUGCAAAAAUUUUGUCAUUUCGGGAAGUAACUUUCUGGAUGUCAAUUUGACUUGCCAGGCUAGACUGAUAAAGGUGUAUGUUGACCGAUGGGAAUUCCUUGGUGCACCUAUUCUAUUUCCUGCGAGAUAUCUGAACGGUAUUAACUGUGUGUGUAUCAUACCAGACUCUGUCCGGAGACGGCGCGCAGCUGAUGAUGUUUUUGGAGAAGGAUACUUAAUAAGUAUCUCUAAUGACGGAAUCAACUUUAGCAACGAGUCGACCAUUGUUACCUACGACUCAACUUGCUACGAUUGUGACGCAACUAACAUAUCUUGCACUCAACUGGAAUCAUGUGUUUCGACAACAACUUUAGCUUCCACCGAAGCAGCAUCUUCGACGGAACAAUCACCUGUUACCGAAAUGGAUAUACAGACAUCAUCGCCCGAUAAUGCUGUUACCAAAACAACAUCCUUACCCACAGAUCACCUAACAACUCUGACUGCAACUGCUUCAGGUUACGAAAGUAGAACUGUGACCAUUCAAUCGUCCUCAACAAGCACUGAUAGUUUCACUGGGACCGUUCAACCGUCUUCAAUUACUAAUUAUAGUGUGACUGAGACCAUUCAGCCGUCCCCAACAAGAACUGACAUUGGAACGUUGACCAUUCAACCGUCGCCAGUAGGCGUUCCAAGCGGAACUGCGACUAUUCAGCCGACGUUGACUACAACGACAUCAGAAUCAUUACAAAACAAAAGCAGAGAUAAAGAAGAUGACUUACCUUUGGCAGCAAUGGUAGGGGGUACAGCUGCUGGGAUAGUCUUCAUUUUAGCAAUAACAACAUCACUGUUGUGCUGGAAAAGUUCGAAGAGCAAGAAGAGCAAGAUAGGCUUGUCCAACGCAGAUAUGACUGAAUGUCCGACCAGGGAGCGAUACAAAGCGGAGUCAGAUGUUCUGACAAGCCGACCCUCCUCUGCCAGUGGAAUCGCAUUUCAGUUUGAUGACGACAAACUUUACAAGCAAAACUGGGGAUGAGUGACCCCCCCCCCCCCCCCCCCCC